AUGGAAGUGCCGCAGGUCCUGGUGGCGGAGCAGGUGCGCCAGGUGCCCUACGCCGAGGUGCAGACCGUGGAGCGGGAGGUGCCGAAUGUGACCUACCAGCCAGUGGAGCAGACGAUCGUGGAAGUGCCGCAGGUGCUGCGGGAGGAGCGGCUGGUGGAGGUUCCACAGCUCCAGGUGGCGGAGUUCAUCAAGCAGGUGCCGAAGCAGCAGGUGCAGGAGGUUCCGAAGCGAAUCCCCAAGGUGGAGAUGCGCUGUGUCGAGAGGGUGCAGAACGUGCCGGUGCAGCUCAUUCAGGAGGUCGCUGUGGAGGUCCCUCAGGUCCUCCGCCAUGAGGUGAUCACCCAGGUUUCCCAGGCCGCAGAGCAGCGCAUCGUCCAAGAAGCCCAGGAGUACAGCCGCACGGUGCGGCGCGAGGAGGUGGUCGUGGGAGAGGGGGAGGGCGGCUAUGCAGGCGCCUACGAGGCGCGGGUGGUGCGGGCGGGCCCCGUGUCCCCGUCCAGGAUGUCGAUGGAGAUGUUCGAGAGGGGCGAGGUGUCUCACACUCGCAGCGACGAGGUGCGCCAUGGUCAAACUGUCACUUAUGGCGCAUCGCAGCCUGCUGUGGCAUCUGCGCGGGGCGGAGCAGCGUACGCUGGGGCACAGUAUGCUGGGGGACAGUACACUGCUCAGUAUGCAGGAGAGGCCAGAGCCAGCCCGUCUACGCCACGCAGACCUAUUCCGCUGGGAGAGGCGAUCUGUUCUCCCAGCUGGACUCCAACAACGAUGGCGUGCUCAGCCGAGAAGAGCUGGCGGCCAUGGGCAGAGGUGGCGCGGGAGUCACAAUGGCCUCAGGAGUCGGGAGCCAGUCAGUCGCCGGCAUGCAGACCUACGCUGCAGCCCCGCAGACCUAUGCUGCCGCUCCGCAGACCUACGCUGCAGCUCCGCAGACCUACGCCGCCGCUCCGCAGACCUACGCUGCGGCUUCACAGAGAGGCGAUCUCUUCUCCCAGCUGGACGCCAACAAAGAUGGCGUGCUCAGUCGAGAAGAGAUGGCCAUGGGCAGAGGCAGCAUUCGGCCGGCCGGUGCGUCAGGAGUCAUGA